GUCGUCCUACCAGGCCGAUUACUGGGCCUGCGCCAUACCGGAGUCCUUGCCCCCCUCUCCGGACCGUCGCUCGCCCCACUGGAACCCCAACAAGGAGUACGAGGACUUGCUGGAUUACGCCUACCCGCUGAAGCCCAGGCACAGGCUGGGGAAGAUGCUGGAGCCUUUCCUCCAUGACUCGGGAAUAGGCUUGGACAGCUUCUCCGCUUCCCCCCCGGGCACGUCCCGCUUCCCCAGCAUCUACUCCACCCCGAGGCCUGGAAAAAGAGGCUGCUCAGGAGCUGGCUCGUGCUAUGAGCCUCUACCUAUGGCAAAAGAAUUUUCCUUCUCCAAGAGUGAUUCCUCUCGUCCUUCUCGAGGUUUUGCUAAGGAUGUGCCGAAGGAGUCAGCGAGGCCGGGUGCAUCUGGCCGCCCUGCUGCAGAGGGGGGAAGCUGGUGUGCCACAGGCAGCCCCUUUCCAACCUGCAAAGGGCAGGUGAAAAGCACGAAGAGCUUUUUAGCUACCACAGGAGUGCUCCCCCUGAGGAAGGAGUGGGAGGGCGAUGAAGAAUUUCUCUCCCUGCCCCCGAGACUGAGGGAGCUGGAAAGGCUGGCUCAGUUUCUGUCCAACCUUUCCUUAACUAUAAGGAUGCCAGGACACGACCACCAAAACCUUCCACGUCACAGCAACAGCAGGCAGCCCCUUUUGUCCGAGUUGUCUCCUUUCAGAGAAGUGGGUGGCAGGGACAGCAGAGGGAGUAUUGGGGAUUAUGCUGGGCGGUGGCACCCCAGCAGCUCUCGAAAGCCCAGCUGGGAAAACACUGAAUCGCGUGGCCAGAUCCACAGGGAACCUCUGCAGGGGCUUCAUCUACCAGCCAGUCUCAGGGACACGCUGGAUGGGACGUACCUAAGCGAACCACGGGUCAAGGGGCAUCCAAAGAAGAGCCAGCAGAGUGAAUCCCUUGCCCAGUGCGUUAAGAUGUUUUGCUGCCAGCUGGAAGAGCUGAUCCGUUGGCUGUACAACGUGGUGGAGGUCACCGAGAGCUGGGCCCCGGCCUCGCCGGACGCCGAGAGCGUGAGGGCGUCUCUGCACCGCUGCCUGGAGUUCAAGAAAGAUGUGGCUGACCACCGGAGCCUGACGGAGAGCGUGCUGGAGAGGGGAGAAGCUCUCCUCGACUGCAUGGCGUCCAGUUCACCAG